AUGUCUUGUGAAGCUGUACGGAAGCGGGUGGUCGGCUCGAUUCCGCAUCCAGUUCUGAAUUAUUCGAUAGCUUUUGCAAAGGAUGUGCACAAGGCUUACGAAUUCCUGGAGCUCGGCCUGGCCGCCACCUACAGUCCCGAGAAUCACUACUGCUUCUCGAUCGACUCGAAGGCGGAUCGGGAAUUCAUUCAGCACUUCCGGAUGCUGGCCACCUGCCUACCGAAUGUGUAUUUAGCACCAGAGCGCCACAACAUGAACUCGGCGGGUGGUUUCGUGAAUCGGGCCCACCUCGACUGUCUCGAGAUUCUCAUCGAGCAGCCGAAUUGGGAAUACGCCGUUUUGCAACAAACCUACGAUCUCGUGGCCCACUCGAACGAGGAGCUGAUGAACAUGUUCAAGAUACUGAACGGAUCGAAUGAUGCGACGACAAAUUUGGCCUCCCUCUCCCGGGCAGCAGUCCAUUGGAUGACGCGCGAGGUGAACUUGACGAAAUUCGUGGAGCAGCUCAACUUUUUGAAUCACAAGGGCUACGGCGUGGACGAGCAGUUCAUCGCGACGCUGAUCAACUCGGAUACGUUGGGGAUGCCGGGCGGGUUUCAUCACAGAUGUAUUAAGAAGGGGAUUCCAACGUUUAUGACGAGAUACACAAAAUGGAGCAAACCCUGCGGCACAAAUCGGAUGCGCGCCAAUCAGUGCGUCUGGGGCGUCGAGGAUUUGGUGGCGCUCAGGAACAUCUCCCGCCGCUUCGUCAUGGUCAACAAGUUCUUGCCGGAUUUUGAUUUUGCCGGAAUUUCGUGUAUGGCGGAAAGUAUCUGGAAUCGAACCCAUUAUGGGGCGGAUCCGAUUGAUGAGGAGAAGCUGGGAAAACAUGGAAUUAAAUACUACAACGAGGUGCUAAAACAACAGCCAGGAUUCGACGCGGAAACGUUCGACUGCAAUGUGACGUUCCCGAAA